UAUCUUUCAAAAUCUUUGACAAUCCCUUACACGAGCUGUCAGCUAAAUCUCACAGCAGACCGAACUCGCCUCAGCGUCUGUCUGCAGGCAGCAGAAAUAUUCAGAAUAUAACAUACAUGCAUAUGUAUGUGCAUUAAUAUAUGUACGUACAUUGCACAUAGCAAAGUCGUAGGAGAGGAGGCAAGCAAGUAAUAAUGGGUGCGGCUGUGUCGCGGCGACUGUCGAGCGACGAGAAAGCCGAGAUCCAGGCGGGAUCGGGUUUCUCGAUAUGCCGCAUCGGCUAUCUGUUCGACAUGUACGAGUCGCUGCGCAAGCAACACGGAGUGGUGCAGAACAGGGAUCUGGUGCACUGGCCCCCGCUGGCCGGCCAUCCGCUGUCCAAUGUGAUCCUGGAGCGCAGGCUGAAUCCGUCGAAGGGCUUCCGGCACUUCAUCAACAUACUGGAGCCCUUUCAGCGGAAGACAUCGGUGGAGCGGAAGCUGUGGGCCGUGCUCCGCCUGUUCGAUAAUAAUGCGGACGACCUGCUCACAUCGGACGAGUGCUUCGAGCUGCUGCUGCGAUUGCCGUGCACGCGGCGCCAGUUUCGGGAGAUGCGGCGCAAGUUCAAUCAGCUGCUGGUGGAGAAGGCCAAGGAGUGCGCCCGGCAGAUGGUUCGUCAGCACGCUGAGCAAGAGGACGCGGAAGAGGGAGAGGGCGAGGGUGAGGAGUGGUUUAAGGAGGAGGCCUUCAAGCUGUGUCCGGAGCGGGAUCAGAAGAAACAGAAUAAGAAUAAAAAGAAGGCGCAGAAGAAGGCUCAGAAGAAGGCACAGAAAAACUCAAAGAAGAAGAAGAAGUUUGAGCAGGAGCAGGAUCUGAUAUCUACUUGGGAUCAAAUCCACUUCGAGGACCUGCUCUACAUCACUGGGGGCAUGGACCUGCAGGACUCUCUCUCGCUGCGCUUCCCCCAAGCCAUCGACCAGCCAACAUGCCCACACGCCCUCGCCCACGCCAACGCCCACGCCCACUGCCGAUGGGCGUGGCAGUGAAUUGCAUAUCCUUUCGCCGCUCUCAUAACAUCACGUUGCAAAAGUUUUCACAUAAACGCAAAAGUUAAGUCAUU